CAACAAUUCAGAUCUUUGAAAUUAAACCAUUUUCCUCAACAUCUUUGAGAAUUCAUUCCUCAGUCUGAUGCACCUGGCAAUGUGCCCUACAAGUCAUUUUCAUGGCACUAUUAUGCCUGGACACCACGACGUUGGUGACGCCUCCAGGAAGGUCCGAUUCGUCUUACCAAGCCCUCGUCCCAACCAUCCUCGCGCGAACGAACUUCCUGCUUCAGCUAUCUGUGUCGAGUCAAGAGACCUCCGGUGAAAGCAGUAGCCUGCCUACAGUCCCAAGUCCUUCUCCUGCUCCUGCUUUCCUUGCGCAGUCCGACAUUGACGACGAGCCAGCUACGCUGCUUACCGCACCAUCAUGGGCAGUGCGAGAUCCUGUCCUAAUUGAGAUCUACGCAAAGACAUAUAUCCCCACCGACAGUGAGCCACUUCUGUUUCCGCCCGGUCAGACAUUCACUCCCAGCACUAUCAGCACCUUCACGAGUUAUGGGAGCCCCGGUUCAACGUCUGCUGCCACCACCACUCUAGAUAACGUUGCAGUCCACGAGUCUGAGCCAAUUAGCGCUACCGUUGACACAGCACACUACAAGAGCUUGAAAGAACAUAUCGUGCCAGGCGGCAUGUUGACAGAGAGUCCAAGUGUACGUCAUCUUGAGCUAGAACAACGCGCAUCCUCAACACUUCGAUCGCCAUUACUGGCCCCUGCUCCUCAACUGGUCCGCCGCAAAAGGAAGUUGAUCGAGAUGGAAGAUGCAAAGGAGAAUGGCGUUAAGGCAUUGAAGAUGUACCCAUUCCGCAGCGAGUUCCGGAAUACUGGUGGACGGUCGAUUAGACCAAUAGCGGCGACUGGGCUCGAGAUCUUGAAGAGGAGACUACCUGGGUUUUCCGAGCAGAUUUUGCUUUAUGAGGAUGGUGGGUAAUUAGAAGUGUGCAUACACAACCUAGGCACCAGCGCCAUUUAUGUUUAUCAAAACUGUCGCAGCCUCAACUUUCAACAUGGGAGGUAUAGCCUGUAAGUCUCAUGGAUAGACCAGUGGACGUACAUGAGAACUACUUCAAUCAUGACCUUUCCCAGUAUCAGAUCGAUUCUGGCCCGCACACAUCCAGCCUGAUUAUUGCGGCAAAUGAAGAGCAUGGCUAGCCGAAAGACAAACGAUGGUGUCACUGCACGAUACGUUAUCUCCAGGUUCUGUGAGGAAAUAGCGCCAGCUACUGGAACAACUUAGACCGAGGGUCCGAACGCCUCGGGGCUCAUAUCAGACUCCCCCAAAUAGCAUCUGGGUCCGCAUCUAAGCAAUUGUCACGCGAUUCUGCCACGCGGCCGGCAGCAUCACCAAGCGAAAGUCCCAGGGGCAACUUUCCAAAUCCAAAUCCAAGUUACCGUUGAACGGUUGCCCACUGAUGAUGAGGUCAAUUAGCGUUGCAGCAGCCUAGAGCCGGUGUGCGCGCGAAACCCCUAUCUGUAUUACGUGGGUCCUGGGGCCUCGGCUUUGACGGCCCAUGUCCCUGUCUCUAUGGCCAACUCCUGUUUUGCCCCCAUCCAAAGUUGGUGCCAGCCUUUCCUGCUGUCACCAUUCCUACCCAAAGGCCCACUGGAAACUAACCAGGCAACGCUAAGCAACCGGACCCCGCCGUGUCAAUCGAG